AUCGACUGGUCUCACUUACACCCCGACGGUCGUUCCAUCCACACCUGUGAGUGCUGCUGCGCUGCGCUGGCAACUGUGUCCCAAUCCCAACUGUGUCGCUCUUCUAUGUGCGUUCCCUUGUGUCAUGUCUUUCUAAAUUGAUUGCGAAUUUAAAACCAACCAAAACAAGAAACGCGAAUUGGACGACACGCCAGCGGACAUUUAUUUUCGUGGCGAAAUUCAGAAAUUCGGUAAUAAAAGAAGAAGAAGAGAAAACAAAAAAAGUGUCUCGACGAGUGUAAACAGACGAUGGCUCUGGCGGCCGGUUCGUCAGCCACAUCAGCUCCAACGGCCGGAUCGAGGAGCUCAGCGGCAACACCGCCGGAUCAACCGACUUUUCCACUCAUGCCGACUCCGCUCUUUCCAGGAGGUGGCGCAGGUGCUGGUGCUGGCGGAGGAGGUGGUGGAGGAGGACUGAUCCCGCCACCACCGGCGCUCCCGACGCUGAAUUUCAGCGUCAGCCAAGUGGCGACCGUUUGCGAGACGCUGGAGGAGAGCGGCGACAUUGAGCGACUGGGCCGGUUCCUCUGGUCGCUGCCGGUGGCCCAUCCCAACAUUGGCGAGUUGAACAAGUCCGAGGCGGUGCUGAGAGCCCGGGCCUUGGUCGCCUACCACAUGGGCAACUACCGCGAGCUCUACCACAUCGUCGAGUCGCAUCGGUUCACCAAAGACUCGCACGGCAAACUGCAGGCCAUGUGGCUCGAGGCUCACUACCUGGAAGCCGAGAAGCUGCGCGGGCGACCGCUCGGACCCGUCGACAAGUACCGCGUCCGCAAGAAGUUCCCGCUGCCCAGGACCAUUUGGGACGGCGAGCAGAAGACGCACUGCUUCAAGGAGCGCACCAGGAGCUUGCUCCGAGAGUGGUACCUCCAGGAUCCUUACCCGAAUCCCACCAAGAAACGGGAACUGGCCCAGGCGACGGGACUCACGCCCACGCAGGUCGGCAAUUGGUUCAAAAACAGACGCCAAAGAGACCGGGCUGCCGCCGCUAAAAACCGGCGGAUGGGAGGUCACGGAGGACACCACAACAGUUGCAACUAUUCGUCAGGGUCUUCGGCCGGUGGCGGACCGACUAGCAACAAACGCCAUCGACCGGAUCACAGUCCCAACGGAAACGAUUCAGACGACGACGUCGAUCUGCUGAUGGACGACGCCAACGGAUCGGGUCCUCUCAGUCCCGGCGCUGAAUCGCUCAUCGAUUCGGACAAUUCCGACAUCUCGCUGACGGGUCCCCCGUCGCCGGUGGGCGAUUUGACUUCCGCCGGAGCUGCGUCCAUCACUCCCGGUUCGGGUGGUGGUGGUGGCGUCGGCGGCAGCGACGCCGCCUCCAUCCUCAAGUCCAGCAUCGGAGGUCAACAGUCGAAUGCGCUGGCCAUGUCGGCCGGUGGACUUCUCUCCGAUUCCAUUCACCAUCACUCGAGAGAUCGCGAUCAUCAUCAUCACGCGGCCGCCAUGGCCUUGUCUUCGGCCGGCCUCAUUGCACCGCCGCCGCCAUCCCAUCACCACCAUCACCACCCAUCGGCCUUUACCUUCGGACACCACCCGCAUCACCACCCUUCAUUCGGUGCGAAUUCUCUGAUGGCAGCAGCGGCCGGUCUUCACUUCAAUUUGGCAGCGUCACUGGGCAAUGCGCCGUUGACUCCGUUCGGAGCUUUCGGCAAUUUGUCCAACCCUUUUGCGGCGGCCGUGGCGCCGUUCGGCGUCUCUUCUCGAUUCAACAGCAACCGGCCGAACGGCUCCAGCGGCGGCGGAGGUAAACCACCGACGUCGUUCGACAUGUCGCUGGCAGAGACGCUGGGCCAUCACCACCACGCAGCGGCGAUGGCUGCGGCGGCAGCGGCCGCCGAGCUGGCGGCCUACCAUCACGCCGCCCAGCAGCAGCACCACCAGCAACAGCAGCAACAGCAACAACAACAACAGCAACAGGCCACGACGCAGUCGAGCCUCGUCAGUCCGAUUGAGCCGCUGAAAUUGAAAAGUGAUCUCAUCAUCACCAGCAACAAAUCGAACCACAGCGAGAGCAGCCACAGCAGUCGAAGUAGCAACAGCAGUCAGCACAGCGGAAGAUCGACGCCGCCGACGCCACCGACGCCGCCAACACCGCAAAAGACGUCCAUCGUCCAUCAUCAGCACGAAAUCGUGGCCGAAACUGGGACUCAGAGUUAGAAAAAUCUCCAAUUGUUCCAAGUCAAAAGUCUGCUGUAAAAAAAAAGUAAAAGAAAAAAAGAAAUCACGUUUUGAAUUAGCUUGAAA